AUGCCUAAACAUUUCAACAGACAUCAACAACAAUCAUGGACUAAUGAUCGAGGUAACGAAAGGGACAAAAGGUACGGCUUCAAGAAUGAUAGGUUCAACAAGAAGGGCCCGAAGAAGGAUUGGAACAACGCCUUUCGGGCCCACUUGGAGGACGAAGACAUCGACAUGGGAAUCGAUUCGGCUACUUCCAGCCGAAACAUUAAAUACAACAACAGAAGAGGAAGAGGCGGAGGUCAGGGAAGACAGGGCACACCGCCGCCCAUGGGCAACAUGCGAAGGAAAUUGCUAGAGGGGCCCUCUAGUUGGUACAAAAUCACAUUACCUCACGGAGAUAAAUUCGAUAAAGCCUUCAUACACAAAUCUCUAUCGGAUAAAUUAGCUCCUACGGAAUUUUGGCCGAUAGCAUGGCAAGUGUACGGUACAACAGUAAUCUUCUACGUAGACGACUUCAAAAUAGCUCAAAAACUGUCGAACCUCGACAGGCAAAUCACUUUACCCAACGGCUUUAGAUUGAGCAUCAGAGUCAAUUCGGGUACACCUAACGUCGAUAUGACUGCGGCGCUGAAGGAGAAAAUAAAACUGGUGAUGGCCAAACGGUACAACAGCGUCACCAAAGCCCUGGAUUUGACCAGAUUCCACGCCGAUCCCGAUUUGCAAGACAACUUCUGCGCGCUGUUCAAACCCAUAGUGUUUCUAGCGAUAGUGGAUAUCAUAGCGGAGAAUAUCCCCGAAUUGGAGGCGUUGAAUCUGUUGGACAAUAAAAUACAGGCUCUUAGUUUCUUGAAGAACGUGGAUAAGAAGUUACCGAAUCUGAAAAUAUUGCAUGUAUCUAAUAAUAAGAUUAGGGAAAUGUCGCAGUUUGAUACGUUGCAAGAUUUGCCGAUUGUUGAUCUCAUGCUCGAUGGAAAUCCGGUGUGCAACAAGUUCAAAGAUAAACCGAAAUAUAUCAGCGAAGUAAGAAAGAGGUUUCCCAAAUGCAUGAAACUGGACGGCGUCGAAUUACCGCCACCCAUAAGUUUCGACAUCCAAGAGGAGCACCGAUUACCAGCCUUCCAGCAAACGUUCCUGUGCAACAGCGAAGGCGGUUCGAUAGUGAGACAGUUCCUCGAGCAGUACUUUCUCAUAUACGACUCGGACAACCGGCAGCCGCUGUUGCAGGCCUACCACGAAAAGGCCACGUUCUCCCUGACCAUGGACUAUCCCUACGGCUAUUCGAAAGACACCAAAGGGGUGUCGUGGUUGAAUUGGUACGCCACCGAUAACAGGAACCUGAUGAAAGUGACCGAUCCCAAUCGGAGAUCGAAGCUGUUGAAACAAGGCCAUUUGGCCGUCGUGUCGUUUCUGCAGGAAAUGCCGCUCACCAAACACGACAUCCACAGUUUCUCUGUAGAUCUAUCAGUUUUUACGCCGCAAAUGUUGUGCUUGGUAGUAACGGGCAUGUUCAAAGAGUUGAAAAGCGGUCACAAAAUACCGCCGUUGAGGUACUUCUACCGAACGCUCGUCAUCGUACCGGCCGGUACAGGUUUUUGUAUAGCAAACGAAGAACUGCACGUGUCCAACGCCACGCCUAGCCAAGCUAAGGAGGCUUUUAAAGUAACGGUAAAUCUGGCUCCGACGCCGCCUCCUUCGGUCGUUAGUUCUCCGGUUCAAGCGGCUAGUGUGGCUGCUACGCCGGACGAGUCCACUAAACAGGAGAUGGUGAAGCAAAUGGCGUCGCAUUCCGGUAUGAAUCUCGAGUGGUCUUUCAAGUGCUUGGAGGAGACCCAAUGGGAUUUUCAAAGGGCGUUGUUGACGUUUCAAAAUUUGAACGCCCAAGGAAUCGUACCGGCGGCGGCGUUCGUGUGA